CACAGUUUGGUGAUUGAAAAUGUUCCACCGGUUCAUCUCUCUGCUCCUGCUGCUCGUCAUGGCUGCCUGUUCAGCUGAGUCCACAGGGUCUGUAGCCACCAGCUGUGAGGCCUGUCACAGACUGGCUCGAUGCCACGCCUCCAUCCAGGACAACAGCGUGGAAGCUGUGGGCGUGGCCUGCCGCUGUGAGGACGGUGUGGUGGGAGAUGGCUUCACCUGCUACAACAAAACCACCUGCAACGAUGGCUGCUGUGGACAAGGCUACCAAUGGUCGCCGCUGCAGGGCUGCGUGGACAUCGAUGAGUGUUCGCUGCCCCGCCCUCCCUGUGGUCCCGGCCAUCUCUGCGAAAACACCCCAGGCUCCUUCAACUGCCUGCUGACCCCCGAUCUACAAAGUCGCACCGCUACCAAAACCAAACUGCGCUCAGUGACGUUUGUAUGCCAGAGCGCACGGUGCCCUUUCGGUCAGGACUGCCUCCAGGUGAACGGCGCGUCUCGCUGCAUCGACCCGUGUCAGCACUACUCUGCGUUAGAAGACACCUGGCGAGCCACAGACGUCAGGGCGGCCCCGGGGUCAGUGGCCUGCGACAGCCGUACAGAUUGGCAGGGCUGGUACCGCCUGUUCAUCGGUAACAGCAGUGUUCAGAUGCCAGAGAGAUGCAUUGAGAGCCACAUGUGUGGGACUGAUGCUCCGCUGUGGUUGAGGACCGCCCACCCGCUGCAGUCAGAUGGCAUCAUACCGGCAGAGGUUUGUGGCAGCUGGGAGAGAGGCUGCUGCCAGUUUCAGUCUAACCCCAUCCACGUGAAAGCCUGCCCAGGAAAAUACUACGUGUACAAGUUCGUAAGCCCGACUUUGUGUCGGUUAGCUUACUGCGCAGAUGUCAACACCAUGGUGUGUAAUACCUGUGCUGAAGGUGAGACCUGUGUGAGCAACGACAAGAUCACCUGGAGGUGUGAACGUCAGGCUGUCAACUUUCGGCUGAGGCUGGUGAACGGUAACACUCCGUGCUCUGGUAGAGUGGAGAUCCUGCAUACCGGCCAGUGGGGAACGGUGUGUGACGAUGGCUGGGAUUUAAACGACGCCCAGGUGGUCUGCAGACAGCGGGGCUGUGGCCUCGCCCAGUCGGCAACCAUGUCCGCGAGCUUUGGACAGGGCAGCGGACCGAUCUGGAUGGAUGAUGUUGCCUGUACGGGCAGAGAGCCUUCGUUAUCUGAAUGUAGCCAUCCAGGGUUCGGCACUCACAACUGCAACCAUGGCGAAGAUGCCGGUGUCAUCUGUUCAGAACUCGGUGGUUUUCAGGAGCCGGAGCUGGUGUGUGGACGGGAUCACCUGCGUCUGACGGUCCAGAAGAGGCUGCUGGAGGACCGAGGGCUGAACGCCUCUUCCGCUCACCUGAUCGACCCGCGCUGCCACCAGCAGGUCGACCAGCAGGAGGCCAUGUGGUACCUGGUGGAGCGAAGGAACGGUGUCUGUGGAAACUUGGUGGAGACAAACGGCUCCCACAUUACAUAUUCCAACAUUUUGUUUGUGUACCCCUCCGGUCGGACCAACGUCUCGCUCUCCAUCCCUAUGAGCUUCCCUUUCUCCUGCGUCUUCCCGCUGGAUGACAUCACCAGCCUCGACGCCGCCAUUCGAUACCAGCUGCCGCGUCACAGAGUCGGGGUCGUGCAUUCAGGUGAACCCACCAGAGCUUCGAUGACUCUGUACGAGAUGCCGGACUACAGUGUGCCGUUCCCCACCGGCCCAGUCAGCCUGCCGCUCGGCUCUGCCCUGCACGUCGGCGUCUCCGUGGAGAACUAUGACAACAACCGCUUUGUGCUCCUGCUGGAAAACUGCUACGUCACAAACUCCCCCGGCGCCAACGAUCCCGUCAGAUACUUCCUGAUCCAGAACAGGUGUCCGGUGGACCGUCGCAAUGUGACGGUGGAUGAAAGCGGUCUGUCGCAGCGAGCUCGCUUCUCUGCGCUGCUCUUCCUGUUCCUUGGGACCUAUGAGAACGUUUAUCUGCACUGCAGGAUCAGCCUGUGUGACCGGGACAGCGCCCCCUGCAGCCCCAACUGUUCCAGACGACAGGCUCGGUCCGCAGCUUCACCCAAUCAGCUUCCCAUCACUGUUGGACCAAUCAGCUGGUUCUAAAGGAGCAGCAUGACCUCAGACGACGGCCUGCUACGAACUCUGAUUGACUUCCUGCUCCUGAUUUGAUCUUUCAAAACUUUAUUAUUCCACUUUAAUACACCUGCUGAAUGUCAAACUGUCAAAAACAAAAACACCUGAAGAUUCAAAUAAAGAGAAACA